AAUACUGCGAUAUAUCGAAAAUCUGGCCGAUAUUGUGGCUCCGGUCUCCCUUCCAUCCCUCCUUUUCUCGGACUCGAAAGGAAGCAAUACAAAACCGCAGCCUCAAGCUAUCCUUUUCUCUCAGAAAACUUCAGGUUCUCGACUUUCAUGGCAGCAAAAGCAUUCCAAAACAGCUCUUUUCUCUUUCCAGAAAAACCCAUUUCAUCCAAAACAUGUUCAAAUCAAAUGGCCUUUUCAUUUCUCUCCUUCUCCUCUUAAUCUCUUCCCCCAAUUCCCCUGUUUUCGGAGAAGAGAGGAGCUUCCAAAGACCAGACCCUUUACAGAACUUCAAACCAUAUAAUGGGGAUUUCAAUGUCACGAGCCCGCAUUACUGGGCGUCUACAGUUUUUACAGGGGUUCAUGGAUAUGCGAUGGCGGGUGUUUGCAUUUUGGGGGGAUUGGCUUUUGCGAGUUUCUUGAUUCUGAGGAGUUUUUUCGCCGAUUCCGAUUCGAUUUCGGUGCGGACCGAUUCGUAUUAUUUCUAUUCGUUUUUGGCCGUCGUUCUUUUCACCUUCCUCGCCAUAGUUGCAUCGGGUCUUGUUCUCGCCACAAAUAGGAACUUCUAUGGGAGAGCCAAGAAAUUGAAACAAACCUUGCUAAGUGCUGCUGUAGAUGCUCGCACCACAAUUCGGAAAGUAACAGUUGCCAUGAACCAAACGCACCGGCUCCUCUGCCCUUACGAUGAAGCCACAUGUUCUCGCUCCAAUUCGACGUCCCAGAACCUCAAGAAGGAGUCGGAAUCCAUACGCCAGUUAGUGUAUAAGAACCGACGUUCGAUAGAUUCGGCAUUAAGAAUUUCGUCCGGAGUAACUACAGGCAUUGUAUCUGCAAAUCUUGCACUAGUCAUUGCUGCACUAGUUAUGUUACUACUACACUGUCGCCCUGGAUUCAUCAUGAUAAUUCUCAUAUGCUGGAUUUUAACAGCUCUCUGUUGGGUCAUCACCGGCUUCCAUUUCUUCAUCCACACAUUUUCCAUGGAUGCUUGUUGGGCUUUUGAAGAAUUCAAGCAAAAUCCCGACAACAACAGCUUGCGGUCGAUCCUACCGUGCUUCAAUGCAGCGGCUGCAGAUCAUAUCAUGAUCGAGAUUGCACACGGAAUCCAUAGUUUCAUAACCAAGCUUAACUCAAACAUAACAACAUUGGAUAUACUACUUCAGCUGGAUGAACAGUAUGACCGUCAAUCAAACAUAUUCAGGAAGGUCUGUGAUCCUUUCUCUGGCCCACCCAAAUACACAUUUGAUCCUGGAAGGUGCUCCAACGAUACCAUUCCGAUUGGCGACGUACCAGAUGCUUUGGACCAGAUCACAUGUCCCGACGAUAAUCCAUUAACUGGAGUAUGUGACGGCGGUCGCAAAUUCCUUUCGGAGGCCUAUUUUGACAUGGCGCAAGCGUACACUCGGUCGAUACAAGGCUUAUUGGAUGUAUUUCCAGAUCUUCAAAGCCUAACACAUUGCACAUUCCUUAAAGACACCUUCGCUGAUGUUCUUUCUCACCAAUGUGGACCAUUGAAGGUGUCCAUUCGGUUGUUAUGGUCAUCCCUGGUUUCUCUUUCAACGAUCAUGAUGGUUCUAGAGAUUGCAUGGAUUGCCAAGGCAUGUCAAGAUAGUAAGAGGUGGUUCUCUUGGGGACCCACAUUAUCUAGAACAAUAUGAAAAGAUACAGGAAGGAAUACCAAAAUAUAAGAGAGAUGCAAUAACCAGCAUCUUUCAAUGGCCCAUAUACAAGGGCUUGCAAUUUUAACCAUUGGCAUUAUGGUUAGGUAGUUAAGGCUAUGGUCUCUUGAGUCCUGUUGUAGAUGGGCAUUACUUCAAAAAUCUCCCACAUUGGAAAAUGCUAAUGACCAAUUCAAGGAUCUUUUUUCAUUUAAAUGUAAAUGGUUGUAUUUGUCUUCUUAACUGCAUUUCUUUCGGCAACAAAUCAAAUGGUUACAAUUAUCCCGUGGAGGAGAUUUUUGAAAAAUUGUCAAUCCAUGGUGGGACCCAAUAAACCAAUGGCUUUAAUUACUAAACAAUAGGUUCCAUUUGUCAAAAUUGAUUUUUAUACAGUCUUUUUUUUUUUUUUGGAGGUAGAUAUGAAAGAAUACUCCAUGGGGUCGUAAGACAUUAGUUACCCAUGAAAAAAAUUGUAUAUAAUAGGUUGAAAUUGUAAAUGACAUAAGGUGAUAUUCGAUUUAUUUUAUAAAAAAUAAAACCCACCACUGAGGAAAGUGGGUUGUUUUUGUCA